CACCCCACAGACAUGAAAAAAAACUUAUCGGGCGACUUUGGCAAUGGUGCCGUGUACGUGUUUAAUGCAGAAUUUUGCUGUCGGGUGCCAGCGCGAACAGUUCUAAGAGCAAACAUAGACACAGUUUGACUAAGAACACAUUUUUGUCGGGAAGAAGAGAGGCCAACUGAACUUCUAGAUAACCGAAUGAUCAGUCUAUUUGGCUGGAAUGGAACAUCGAAGUUAGAACGGUAAUUCAGUGUAUGUUGAACGGCUGUAACAACUCAGUGAUCUGAAACUCCAAAGACGAGCUGAAAUACCUAGAAGUUAUGUUUUCCCGAGCGGUAAGUGACAUCAAUUGGUCAGCUGAGUCCUACAGCACCAGGGAUUUGAUGUCGAAGUAUCCUGCCCCACUCUUAGUCCGGGUCACUCAGGGUCAUUGUGGGUUGGAGGAUGUAGACUCGCUUGGUCAAGGACAGGUGAUUCGAAUUCAUCAGUGGCUGAAACAGCAAAGAGUUAUUGCAAUAGAUUCGAGAGGGCGCCCCCUUAGCAUUCCUCUAGACUUCAACAUCCCAUUUGAAGUUCUCCCAGACAGGAAACGGUCACUGUUCAAACGGAAAACAAUGUUCUUGGUUGACAUCAUUCGCCAGUACCCUCUUCCCAAGAAGGUUCGUUUCUCUUCUAGUCAUCUGACAUUAAGCGACGCUUUAGAAGGAGCUCGUCUUGGUAUCCGGAUGACCCUGGAAGCCCUGGAACUAAUCCGUAUCCAGGAGGAAGUCUAUCUCCGUGGUAACGCCGUCAAUUUUGGUGACUUGGACCCAUCUAUAUUGAGCAUUCCUGUGCACCAUGAUCUGGAGAUGUCACUAGCUCUUGGUUUAAGGAGCAGUGAAAGAGACUGGCAUCGACUCAUGAGAGAGCUUGACAAUGUGGUGGCUAAGAAAGUACGGUUUCCUGCUGUGCAAGGAAAUAACAAAAUCACCAUUUGUAGCUCAGAAGUGGACGAUGAAAACAGCCAUAAAUUGACAAGGAAGAAUCCUGUAGUACAAAGACGACAACAGUCUCUUGGCCGGACUUACGGAACACUUCGUAAAAAAACUGCUGAAAAGGAGCAUAAGCAACGUCCUUACGAUGUGUCAGAGAAGAUGGGGUCAUUGGUCCCAAAUGGGAUGUCUACGUCUGAUGUCAGGGGUACCAACCGGCGGUUCGUUAAGCGGAACGAAGCUAGAAGGAAACAAGGCAUCGACCGAACCGACACGGUUUCAAUCUCAGGCACCUCAACUUCGGCAACCAGUGUAUCGGAAUCUGUCACAGAUGAUAUGAGCAGCGUCUUCCCAUCAUCAAACAGUGAAGUAUCCAACAUGGAGGGCGAAUUUGAUGACGACAUCAGUGACAUCACAACUGAAGAUGACAUAGUAGAUGUAUACACACCGACCCCCUUUUUCGGUUCCGUGUCAACACUUUCAAAAGGUUUAUUCCGGCCUGAAUAUUGGAGUGGCCGUUACAUGGACGAUAGUUAUCACGCCCAUCACGCCAAAAGAGGGAGCAACAAUAAAUCGGGACAUGGCAGAAGGCUUAGCACAGCGACCAGCUUCAGCAUGAAUGACAUUAAUAUUAUCUUAGGAGGUCUUGACGGCAAACGAGACAAGAACGUGACAUCCCAUCAGCGAGAUCCACCCGAUGGUCGGUCGCUGCAUAGCGGCCGAGAUAUCGAUGACGACGCGAACGAGUCAACGGACUUGUAAAACAAAAACAAACUCAUCCGAUGCAAAAUAAGUUUAUCAAACUGUAUAUCUUGGCACCUGAGGUUCAUUUGUCUAGAGGAUACUUAUCUUAUCGUAGCAAAUUAUGUCAAACUAAGAUAACCUGGAAGACUGCUGUCUCAUAUAUGUUUAAUAUUCAGGUACAAAUAGUCGUAGAUAAUUUCAAAGAGCUUUCAAAAUCAUCAGAACUAUGAGCCAGUGUAAAUAAACACUGAUGGAGAAUGUUACGUUGUUGGCACAUCUGAGAUAUUUAUCAUUAAGAACACCUUCUCAGACAUCUAGACGCAAAUGUUAGCACAAGCCAUGUGAUUUGAGUUCAUGAUUUCAAAGAAUCGUCAACUUUUGGAAAUUCAAGUAUUUAAGAGGGGGAUGUUCUGUUGGUUUUGCACUAGAUACCGUGCCCAAGCACUGUUUUACUCUCUUUUUUUAUUUUGUUUGGACAAGCAGACUUGUCCAAACAAAACUUGUCCAUAUUUAUGUUAUAUUAUUCUCGUUCACUUUUUCGAAUGAAACGUAUUUUUUAACUUUUGAAUUGUACAAAUGAAAUAAUAUGGAUUUUUAGCAAAUCAUAUUCUUGCACUGUAUAUUGCCAGGUAUAUUUUUGAUACAAAAAUGUUACCUUUGAAUGUUGUUGUUUAAAUAUUGAAACCUCCUAUAAAAGAUUCUUCUUUCAUGGAUAACAGAAGCUUCCAUGUAUAACUGUACUAGUGACAUUUAUAUAUAUAUAAAUAUAAAAAUUGUAAUUCGUGCCUAUAUUGUAAGACUGCCUGCGAGUUAAAUAUAAAUACAAAAAAGAGCAGCCAUCAGGAACGUUUUCGGGGGCACAACUUUUUUUCAGCUGAGCAUAAGAGGUCGUAGCGUUCGAAAGAAACCCCUUAUAACAGUACAAUGGUACAUACCGGCAUUGUUUUGCAAAAAGUGGUUAGUUAAAAAUGUGGAAACUCAGAUUUAAGUUCUGCUUUACUCCAGUGAUGGAGUUUUAGAGUUAUGGGCAAAAAGGCUGAGCAACAAUAAAAUUGCAGCUUGUGUCAUUGCCAAGCAUU